AUGGCUUCCACAUUAUCCUCAAUAACCCUCAGUCCAUCCACUUACCAUACACCCUCCGCUGCUUAUCCUGCGCAUCCCUCAGUCACCUUUCCGAAACAAUCCAUUGAGUUCCUCCAAAAAACAAACCCCAAACUCCGCGGCCGCGCUGCCUUCCCCCGCCGCCUCGCGGCCGUAGAAGCUCCCGAGAAGGUUGUCGAGCUCGGUGACCAGAUCUCUAACUUGACGCUUGCUGAUGCUCAGAAACUCGUUGAGUACCUCCAGGACAAGCUCGGUGUUUCUGCUGCUUCUUUCGCCCCUGUAGCCGCCGUCGCCGCUCCUGGAGGCGCCGGAGUGGCGGAUGCUCCCGCUGUGGUGGAGGAGAAGACGGAGUUCGACGUGAUGAUUGAGGAGGUGCCGAGCAAUGCGAGGAUUGCUACUAUUAAAGCAGUUAGGGCUUUGACGAAUUUGGCAUUGAAGGAAGCCAAGGAAUUGAUUGAGGGAUUGCCGAAGAAAUUUAAGGAGGGAGUGUCUAAAGAUGAAGCCGAGGAAGCCAAAAAGCAGCUAGAAGAAGCAGGUGCUAAAGUCUCAAUCGCUUAG